AUACAUAUAUAUUUUACGCGCGCUUGUGUAAACGUUAAAAGCUUCACAGCUUUGAGGCUGACAAAAUGGUGCAAACAACAUCAGAUGGCGUCGACUACAAGGAGCGGCUCAUUGCGAGCGUUAAGAAGGAGGUGAAACAGCUAAUGGAGGAGGCGGUCACCAAGAAGUACGUGCACGAGGAGAGCAGCUCGGUGACCUCGCUCUGUGCCGCCGUCGAGGCAUGUCUCAGUCAGGGACUACGGCGACGGGCUCUUGGCCUCUUUAAGACGUCAUCGACGACAGCGCUGCUGCAUAAGAUUGCCAAGACCUGUGCCGAGGCGGAGCACAUUAGCAAAAUGGUGCAGGAGAUCGAAUCAAAUGAUCCAAACAAGCGUUCAUCGUCGAGCAGUGAUAGCUUCAAUCGACCACCGAUGCUCAAAAAGGGCAGCACCAAUUCCAUGUCCACCACAACAGCCACAACAUCGACGGUUACCGGUUCCGCAUCCGUAUCCGCAUCCGUUUCGGUCAGCGCCAGCAACUCCAGCAUGUCGCUGGCCAGCAUGAAAUAUCUGUGGAUACGUCUGGCUCUUUACGAGAAGCGUCUGACCAAGAUCAUUGAGUAUUUGGUGAGUAAUGCACAGAGCUACUACGAUCGUGACUCCUUGGUGGCCGAUUCCGACUACGGCUCCAUACUCAGCUCUCUGCUUGUGGGUCCGUGUGCUCUGGAAUUUACGCGUGCCAAGACAGCUGAUCAUUACUGGACCGAUCCGCAUGCCGAUGAGCUGGUGCAACGUCAUCGGAUCAGCUGUCGUCGAUCGUCAUCGACUUGUUCGCGACCGGCGAUUAUCAAUUUCAAGCGGAGCUUAAACACCAGCUCGGAUGAUGCCAGCAGCUGUGCGUUCAAAUCGAUUGGCUCGGCCAGUGUGGCCAAGGAUUAUGUGGAGUCACUGCAUCAGAAUGCCAAGGCGACGCUCCUCUAUGGCAAGAACAAUGUGCACGUGCUGCCCAAGGAUGUUGCGGAGCUGAUGCCUGGAUAUUUGAGCCUGCAUCAGCAUAUACAAACGUUGACCAUCAAAUGGACGCCCAAUCAGUUGAUGAACGGCUACAACGAGGCCGAGGAGGAGGAGGACAUUGACAAGGAAGCCUACUGGGCAUAUGCCCUCAAUAUCAAUGUCGAUGACAUUGUCUAUGUGCAUUGCCAUCAGAGUCGUGGCGAGGACAGCGGCGGCACAGUUAUCCUUGUCGGUCAGGAUGGCGUUCAACGUCCGCCCAUUCACUUCCCAGAGGGCGGACACAUGCAGCAGUUCCUCAGCUGCCUGGAGACGGGUCUGUUGCCACACGGACAGCUGGAUCCUCCGCUCUGGUCACAGCGUGGCAUUGGCAAAAUGUUUCUCUGGCCCAAGAGCAUGCGUCGACGCAUUCUGCCCUCGGUCAUGGAAUCUGUGGACGAGACACCCAUCGACUAUGUCUUUCGCAUUGUCAGCAAGAGUCGGCACGAGGAGUUUGCUGCCACACACUCCAUUCUGGACUUUGUACGCAGCACACCGAGACGGGCUCAACUGAGCAGCUGCUCCACGACAGGCAGCAGUGAUUGCUCCAACAAGAGCCUGUCCAUCGAUCAAUACCCACUGGAGUCGCCGUUGCUGCAGCAACACAAUCAGAGCACCAGCAUUGAGAUGGUCUGCUCCACGAUGCGUCGCCAGAUCAUCUCGAGAGCCUUCUACGGCUGGUUGGCCUACUGUCGCCAUCUCUCCACGGUGCGAACACACCUAUCCGGACUCGUUCAUGGACGCAUUACACCAGAGAUGAAAGCGGAUGAGGAGGGCCUGACCAAGGAGCGCUGGGAGCUUCUUAAUGCGGACGGCAUGCUGCAGAACUCGACGGAAUUCUAUCGCCUGAUCUACUUUGGAGGCGUGCAGCCGGAGCUGCGCAAGGAGGUCUGGCCAUAUUUGCUGGGGCACUAUGCCUUUGGUACUACACGGGAGGAGAGGCAGAAGCAGGACGAGACCUGCAAGCAUUACUAUGAGACGACAAUGAGCGAGUGGCUCGCCGUGGAUGCGAUUGUCCAGCAGCGGGAGAAGGAGAAGACGGCGCGGGCUGUGGCCAAACUCAGCUCGGGUAGCAACAGUGGCAAUGAGCGUACGGUGAGAGCUGCGGAUAUCGAUGCUGGCGGAGAGCUGGAGAAUGAGGUAUUUGAGGAUAUAUCGGAUAUAUCCGAUCCUGGAGAUCUCGAGUUUGACGAUGAGCAACGACAGCAGCUGCAGCAACAGGAGGCAUCCGUGGUUAGUGCCUCACAUCUGAGUGUCAAGCCGAUUCCACGAGCAAUGAAGACCAGCACAGAUUCCGGACAUGUGGACGAGGGACUUGACGAGCUGGACGAAGAGGAGGUGCAAGAUGAUGAUGAUGACGAGGAGCAGCAGCAGAAGAAGCGACAACAUUUUAUUGAUGCAUCUGGCGAGGAAUCAGUCUCAGCCAAGCAGAAGGAACCACAGCCAAGUUGCUCAACCUCAACGGCAUCCUCCUAUGAAACAGUCGGAGGUGCUCCACAGCCAGGUGAUUCUCACGGCGUACUGAGUCCAGAGUUUCUGAGCGCCGAUGAUCUGCAGGCUCAGCUGCCCCACGACGAGGAUGCAACGAAGCCGCAACAGGCAGCAGUCAUCAUUACAAACGCUUCCGUGGACAUUGCCAACUGGGAACGUAGUCCCAAGACAGAAUCCAACAGCCAGAUGAUGCCUCCGCUAACAGAGCAGUCGGAGAACGCCGCCACAGCACCCAAUCUGGAUGCACUGCAGCAGCCCAAGUCUGCCUGUGCCUCGCCAGCCAGCUCCAAUGGCGGUGUCUAUAGUAGCGAACUGCUGGAACAGUUUGGCCUGAAUCUGCAUCGGAUCGAGAAGGAUGUGCAGCGUUGUGAUCGCAACUAUUGGUACUUUGCCAACGAGAAUCUGGACAAGCUGCGCAAUGUGAUAUCCACGUAUGUGUGGGAGCACCUGGACGUUGGCUACAUGCAGGGCAUGUGCGAUCUGGUUGCUCCGCUCCUGGUUAUCUUCGAUGAUGAGUCGCUCAGCUACAGCUGCUUCUGCAAGCUCAUGGAGCGCAUGAUCGAGAACUUUCCCAGCGGUGGUGCCAUGGACAUGCACUUUGCCAACAUGCGUUCGCUCAUUCAAAUACUCGACUCGGAGAUGUACGAUCUGAUGGACUCGAAUGGGGACUAUACACACUUCUACUUCUGCUAUCGCUGGUUCCUCUUGGACUUUAAGCGUGAGCUCAUCUAUGACGAUGUCUUUGCCACCUGGGAGGUCAUCUGGGCGGCCAAGCACAUUGCCUCCGGUCAUUUUGUGCUCUUCCUGGCGCUGGCGCUGCUCGAAACCUAUCGCGAUAUCAUCUUGUCCAACAGCAUGGACUUUACCGAUGUCAUCAAGUUCUUUAAUGAAAUGGCCGAGCGUCAUAAUGCCCAGGCGGUGCUUCAGCUGGCACGGAGUCUUGUGCUGCAGCUGCAGAUGAUCAUUGAGAACAAGUAGAUUAAGCUAUAAGAAGAAUCACAUAUACAUACAUAUAUUGUAGAAUGUUUGGGUCCACCAAAUAUUGUAGUCAUUGUAGAUUUUCAAAAUCCCAGAAAGCCACAGAUUCUCCCAAGAGGCACAAAUACCCUAUUUAUUUAUGUAAAACUCUAACUGUAACUGUAACUAUAACUACAACUGUAACUGUGACUGUACUAUUAUACAAAUACUUUAUGUAAAUGUUUAUAAA